AUGCACAGAUCUCCGCUGCAGCCCUGCGUCUGUCGGCCGGCACGCGCAUGCACAGAAACCUGCGCCUGCAGCGGAAGACGCCCGAAGACGGCGGAAAACGCCGGGCUGCAUACGACAACGCCGCACGGCGCCGGCUCGGCGCCGACACUGCGCCCGAGAAUCGCAAGGGGCAAUAGGAAACCGCGCCGGCAGCGCACCUGGCGUUUCCGCAUUUGCGCGUCCCGGCGUUGCGGGCCCGUCUGCGCAGCGCCGCCGCGGGCGGCAAGGGAGCCCAGCACGCGUGGCCCAACCAGCUCUGCAAUUGACAACCGUGCUGGUGAACGGUCGAAAACUUAUAAGACAAGCGCGGUGCCCAGGCCAAGAGAAUGUACGACGCAGCUGGCACGGUCAAAAGGCCUUUUCAACGCACGAGAGCCAACCGCUGCGUGCAGUCCCGAGAGACGAACGGAUCCCCAAACACAGAUGGCACCUGUCUUUCGCUUCCGCAGACCGCCCCUGCAAUUUAGUUCCUCUGAAGAGGCGCUCGCGCUUACGCCCACGGACGAGCUCGCGGACGUAGCCUCGGGGCUCCUGUACACGGGCGGUCUGGGUGGACUCGGCGCCGACCCGCUCAUGUUUGUCCACAGGGGCUCCGUGGCCGCGGGCUCCCUGCACACGGGCGCGGCGGCGCCGGCGGCGGCGCCGCCGACGCCCGUCGAAGCGCCGGGCUCGACCGCGUCGGCGUUCCCGUUCGCGCUGUUCGACGACGAGUUUGCGGCGCGCGCCGCGGACCCCCCAGACACCCACGCAGACGGCCGCGCAGGCGCGCUCGGGGCCGCCAGCCCCGCGGCGCCGUCUGAGUCGCCGGAACCGCCGUCGCCGCCCGUCGCGAAAACGACGCGGUCACGUGCCUCGUUCAAGUACGAGUGUCCCGAGUGCGGCAAGAAAUUCCAGCGGCCCUCCUCGCUGCAGACACACAAGAACAUACACACGGGCAAGAGGCCCUACGCGUGCCCGUUCGAGGACUGCGGCAAGGUGUUCAACGUCCGGUCCAACAUGCUGCGGCAUUACAAGCUGCAUUUCAAGGCACACGACGCGCCGGACGAAGUGCCGCACGAAGUGCCGCACGACGCCCCGCUGCGUCUGGCGCCGUGCCUGGCGCCGUGCCUGGCGCACGCCCACCGCCCGCAUCCGGACAAACACCAGCAUUACCAGCAUCCACAGGCGCUGCGCAGCAUUACGUAA